AUGGGGGACCGCGCACAACGCCAGUCUUCAUGGCUGCGAGUCGCGACGAGAAACGCCCCAUGGACUCUGCUGGCAGCACAAUCUGCUGCAUUUGUGUUGUUAUCCCACUAUUCUCGAGUUAUGCCGCCCGCCGGUGGGAAACGAUACCUGACUUCGACCGCGGUUUUCCUGAAUGAAGUGGUCAAGCUGGCCAUCUCCCUCACCAUGGCACUCUACGAUGUCUCCAAAUCUGCAUCGCCGUCGAUGCCGGCCACCUCACUUUUCUUCCAAUUGACUAAUGUCGUGUUCUCGGGCGACAGCUGGAAACUGGCAGUCCCUGCUGCGCUCGAUGUCUUGUCUAAUUCCCUGGUAUACAUUGCCGUGUCGAACCUGCGGGCAGCAACCUUCCAGGUCACCUUUCAGCUCAAGUUCCUGACCACUGCGAUCUUUGGUCUGAUGCUUCUGAAACGGAGUAUUGCACCCCACAAGUGGGGCCUGCUGCUGCUCUUGGUGGUGGGAGUGGCACUGGUGCAGAUCCCUGACGCCAGCUCCGAGGAAAUGACGUUGCCAGACGAGAGUGCCCAUCAUCAUUUCCCACGAUCCCUUGAGGAGUGGAAAGCCGUUAAAGAAGCCGCGGGUAAUCUAUACAAGCGCUCUGCCACAUAUGAGGGCAUCGAGGAAGACAUGCAGACGGCCGAACCACACCUGCAUACUGCAGUGGGCCUCCUCGCUGCCAUCGGGGCUUCUUUUGCUUCAGGGCUGGCGGGGGUCAAUUUCGAGAAGGUGCUCAAGGAUAGUACUGCCAGUAUCUCUAUGUGGGUGCGGAAUGUGCAAUUGGCAAUCUAUUCUGUUUUCCCGGCUCUGUUCAUCGGUGUUGUGUUCCGCGACGGGGACAAGAUUGCCAACAAUGGCUUCUUCCAGGGCUACAAUUGGGCCGUGUGGUCUACUAUCAUCCUCCAAGCGCUGGGAGGAAUCUUCUCCGUGCUCUACAUUACCUAUGCACAGCGAGACACGGAGACUCUGGCGACGACCAUCAGUGUCACUCUGUGUAUUCUCGGGAGCAUGUGGUUUUUUGCCUUGGAAUUCACGGCCAGCUUCUUCCUGGGCUCUGCAGCAGUCCUGGUAGCUUCCCACUACUAUGGUAACCCCAUUUUCAGCCCGUCUCCAACAAAGGCGGUUAGCAAUCGUCCCCCGCCUAUUCGUAUCGAUAGCUACGAGAAGAAUGGUGGCGUGGAUGAAAAGGGCUCGUCCGUCACGCCCAACGACUUUUCCAUCCAACUCCCAACCACACCGUUCUUGUCGGAUGGAGUGUCGACAUCCCGGCCCACCUCCCCCGCCGCAGGUCACGCUCGAACCAGCGCCAGCCGGCAAGUAAGUGCGAGCAGCUAUUUCGACAAGGAUCCUCGAGAUACGUGA